AUGAGUGUACUUGACCAGGUGCUAAGCUACGCAAACGGUCUCAAGCCUCGUACCCGUAGCUACGUCAAGUUCGAGAACCCAGAGACGCUGAGCGCGGCUAUGGACCUGGCGAUCAAGUGCGAAGUUACGCACUUUGUGGACGACGUGCGCGACCGCCAGUCCCGCCAAGACAAGAGGAAGAUCUUCACUGAUCAAGCUCCCAAGCAAGACAAGCCAUUCAAAGGGAAACCUUUCCGCGGCAAGGGACGGUUCAAACCGAGGUCUGACUCCAAGCGUACUGAAGGCCGCACCUGCUAUCACUGCAAGAAGCCUGGCCACAUCAAGGCCAACUGCUUCCUCUGGAAGAAGGAGCAAGAGAAGCAGGGAAACGAGGAACCACGUCAGUGA